AUGGCUAUAAGAAUAGCACUAGGAACCAAAGAGAUAUUAUGUUUCAUAAAAGGUACAAUUUCUAUAUUAGAUAAGGGCUCCAAGCAAUAUGAACUGUGGAGGAGAUGUGACUUCAUGGUCACAUCUUGGAUAUUGAAUUCAAUAUCCAAAGAUUUAAUGGAUGGUUUCAUCUACACAGCUUUAGCUCGUGAUCUUUGGCUCGAAGUCAUUGAGAGAUUUGAAGAAUGCAAUGGGCCAAUGAUCUAUCAAUUGCAUAGGAAGAUUUCCUUGAUAGCCCAAGAUAAUGUCUUUGUUUCAGUCUAUUUUACAAGACUCAAGAGGCUGUGGGACGAGUUAGGAUCCAUGGAGACUUUGCCUCCCUGUAGCUGUGGUGCCUCAAAGGUCAUUGAUGAAAUAAACAAUAAAAAGAAGCUCAUGCAAUUUCUUAUGGGUAUGAAUAAUGUUUAUGGAGCUAUAAGGGACUAG